AUGUCCAACGAGGAUUCAUUUGCUGGAAAACCUUCUAGGAAGCGCUCACGGGCUCACCAAAUUGGAGACCCGAGGUUUUAUUGCACUUACCUUGAUUGCCCAAAGUCUUUCACAAGAAAGGAACAUUUGCGGCGCCAUGAACGAACUCAUGAAAACUUGAAAACUUUUACGUGCUCGUUUUGUCAUCGUGCAUUCGCAAGAAGUGAUGUCCUACAUCGCCAUGUACAACAAAUGCAUAUACAAAAGCAAGGCCUUUAUGAAAAGUUGCUUCCUUCUCCUUCAUCAUCCCAUUUAUUUUCUAAGGAAUUUCACGAUGUAACUCCCAAUGCCUCUCACAAUCCUUCUGUGAACCCAAAUUUGGUCCAAGUGUCUGCAAGUAUGAUACAGCCUUCCCAGCCAAAUCCCAUUGCAAGCCGUCCUGGGCAUGUAAAUCCACCGGCUACUUCUUCCAUCGUUCCUACCCAAGCUCUUCCGUCCUCUCCUUCCAAAGUUUUUGAAAAACCCGAUAUUUUAGUUAAUAAUCCUGAUGCAAACUUCUUUCAUGAUCAUGCUAAUAGCAGUUUAAACGUCGAUUUAGCUUCUUUUUCAUCACCUCCUCCAUCCUCUUUGAGUGUAAAAAUCCCUGCUCAACGGCCGGUUCCCAUACCCCAACAAAUGGAUCCUUCUCUAGUUCCAAACCCCCGUACUUCAUCUUCCCUUUAUGAAGAGUUUUUCCAAUUAGAUUCUACUCCCGAUGGUUGCACACGCUUGGAUCUAUUUCAUGAUUCUCUUUGUGUUUUAAAAAACAGAUCAUUCGCAAGUUCCACAAAAACAAUGGAUGAUAAUUUGCGUUGGUUUUUUUCAUGCUCUAAUAAAAAUAAGAAAAGGCAGCGAUUCGAGUCUUCGUCUCCAUUACAAUCACCUGCCGAUUCCACUUUGAGCCAGGAUGACGCGUUUCCCAACUUGAAUAGGACAUUCUUAAAUUAUUACUUUACGGCUACUGGCCCUAUGUACGUGGCUCAAAAGUGCCCUCUAUUUGUGCAUGCCAAUCUUUUGGGAUACUUAAAAAAUCAUCACAUGCUAUCUACCGAUUAUUUAAACAUAGUUACUGCAGAGUCGAUUAGUAUAUGGGUGAAUGCCUAUUGGUCUUAUUUUCAUAUCCGCUGGCCAAUCCUACACAGAGGCACUUUUCAAAUAUCCCAAACUCCUUUGGAAUUACUUUUGGCUAUGAUUACCCUAGGCAUGCAUUUUACGAAUAAUCCUUCAGAUCGUCUUCUUGCUAUUGAAAUUCAUUCUAGGCUUCGUUUUUUUGUUUAUGAGAAGGAAGAGUUUCUUCCACCUAUACCUUUGUGGGUCUUUCAGAUGCUGUUGUUAAUCCAAAUUUUUGAAAUGCUAACAAGUACGGUUCAACAACACCGCUUGUCUCAGCUAUUUCAUCCCGUGUUAAUUGAGGCUUUGCGUCAGGCAAACCCAGAAGAAGCAUUAACUGUUCACUCCGAAACCUUUAGUGUUGACUCAAAUUCCUCUUUACAGUAUUGGCAUAAGUGGAUUACCAGGGAAUCUGUCAAACGGUUAAUUUUUGGUUGCUUUUCUUUAGACGCCAUAUGCGUCCUCAUUUUUGGAAAUCAGCCUUUAUUAUGUGUAACGGACGUGGCAUUGCCAUUAUUUGCUGAUGAACACCACUGGGAAGCAGAAAAUUUUGAGGUCUGGGCGAGCCAAAAGCCAUUAGAUGAACCGCCUACAAUUUUGCAUGUUCUCAGAGCCUUCAUUCAGAAUGAAACGUUGUCGUUCAUGGAAUCUCCUUGGAAUAUGCUAUUGAUUUUACAUGGCUUGGUGUCUGUGGAUGUAUCAGUAAAACAAAAGAAGUUUGUACCCGGACUCAAGCUAAGCAAGCGUGAAAUUGAUAACUGGUGUAAUAUUAUUUAUGAAACUUAUAAGCGAUGGUAUUCGAAAUUUAAUGAAGAAUUCAUUCAAACAGGAACGCUGCCAGCUAAGCAUCCAUUCGUCAAAGAAUGUUUUGCACUGUACCAUUUAGCAGCUUUUUACUCAAAAACUAAAAUCACUUAUAUCCAAUCCUACGCUAACUCUAUUUCUUCAAAAUAUAAAGAAUUUGAGUCUGUCAAAUACAACGUUCCGAUGAAAUACAUAGAUCUUUGGGCAAACACUGAAAAUGCUAAAAUCUCGAUUUGCCAUGCUAUUGAUGUGAUGGAAAUGAUGAUUCAUGAGGAUUUGAAUGCGAGCACACCGUUUACUACUCUUUUAUAUUAUCCGUGGUCAUUUUAUAUUGCAGCUCUCGUAUUAUGGAGCUUUGGGUAUUCCAAAACUAAGCAGAGCGUUAAACUCGAUUUUACAAAAAGCUAUCGGUCGCAAAGUACCACAUACAUUGCAAAGAUGCGGCAUUUAUUGUAUGAAGAUGGAAGCGAUGAUACCGAUACCAUUUAUAGCAAAACUCAACCUAUUCUUCAUAUGACUUUGCGGUUGUUAGAGGCCUACCCAUGGCAAAUCUUACGGACUAAUAUGGAAACUAUUCGAUCAUUACUUUCAGAUCUAUGA